AUGUUUGUGGCUGGUGUGGCUGUAACGCAGGCGCUGGGGAACCACGAGUUCGACCGCAAGCUGGCCGGCGCCGUGCCCUUCAUCGAGGCCCUACGCGCGCCCGUCAUCGCCGCCAACAUGGACGCUGCCAAGGAGCCCUCCAUGCAGGGCCUCUUCCACAAGUCGGUGGUGGUGGAGCGUGGAGGGCGCAAGGUUGGCCUCAUCGGCACCAUCGCCUCCAACACCAAGUUCGCGGCGGAGGCGCCGGCGGUGGCGGAGGAGGCCUGGCGGCUGAGGGCGGCCGGCGUCGACAUCGUCGUGGUGGUGUCGCACUCGGGCAUCGAGGUGGACCUGCAGGUGGCCGCCGAGGACCCCAACGUGGACCUGAUCGUGGGCGGCCACUCGCACACGCUGCUCUACACGGGCACGCCCCCCGACGGCGGCGCCGCCUACGACGUCUACCCCAUCGUCGUGACGCAGGCCUCGGGCCGCAAGGUGGCCGUAGUGCAAGCUGGCGCAUACACGCGGUACUUGGGCAACUUGACCGCGUUUUUCGACGCCUCCGGCGAGUUGGUGUCUGCGGAGGGCAACCCCAUCUACUUGGACGCGUCCGUGCAACCUGCAAAACUUACGGCGCUGGCGCUGGCGCCGUGGGCGGCGGGGCUGGAGGCGCUGGCUGCGCGGGUCGUGGGGCGCUCCGCCGUGCUGCUGGAGCAGAACGGCGGCGUGUGCGGCGCGGGCGAGUGCAACCUGGGCUCCUUCGUGGCCGACGCGCAUGUGCAUGCCUUCGCGGGCGCCGGCCCCCCCGGCACGUGGACGCGCGCCGCCAUCGGCAUCACCAACUCCGGCGGCCUGCGCGCGCCCCUCCCGCAGGGCAACGUGACGUUCAACGGGCUGGUGACGGCCCUGCCCUUCGAGAACACCGUCGACCUGCUGGAGGUGCGCGGCGCGGGGCUGCGCGCGGCGCUGGAGCAGGCGGUGGCGUCGCCGCGGCGCCGCGGGCCGCGCGCGGGCCCCUGGGCGCGCAACUACUUCGGCUUCCUGCAGGUGUCGGGCCUGCGCGUCUCCUUCGACGCCGCCGCCCCCGCCGGGCGGCGCGUGCGAUCGGUGCUCGCGCUCUGCCACGCCUGCGCCGUGCCCGUGUACGAGCCGCUGCAGGACGAGGAGUGGUACCCGGUGGCGCUCAACAGCUUCCUGGCGGGCGGCGGGGACGGCUUCUACGUCUUCUCGGAGCAGGGACGCAACUACGAGAAGGGGCUGCUGGACACCGACGUCCUGCUGGAGUACCUGCGGGUGCAGGAUCCAGUGGUGCAGGCCCGCGACGGCCGGCUGCAGUUCGCCGAGGGCGAGCGCCGACUUGGCAACGCCGCACCCGUGGCGAGCGCUGGUAAGGAGCCCCAGUGGGUGGCGGCGGCGGCGGCGGCGGUGGCGGCGGCGUGGUGGCGGCGAAGCGGGGCGUGA